GCAGACGGGCGGAGUGGGAGCUGGAAAGGGGCGUGGCUGUACUACCUGGCCGUACUGUAUCGCCGCAGCAAGGUACAGCACUCACACGCUUCAGUCUCUCGGCAACUGUCGGCGCGGCGGAAUGUCCACGCAUUCACAGCUCCGUACAGAGCUAUAUUCGGUUAAACUAUUUUUUUAGUAGUGGUGUUCACUAUAGGGUUCUCGAUUGUCUCUCAGUGGUGUUUUAGUGUUGUGAUAUGGGUGUCAAGUGUCUCCAAAGUGGAAAUUAGGUCUACUUUCAACUAUCCUGAAGGAAACAGGAUACAUGUGCAGCAUACUAGAUAUGGUCCAUACUAACUACCAUUUCACUAUGUCCGGAGCACCCUGAAUGUACCUUUACUGAAAUUAGUGUCAUAAAUGAAAGAUGUAUCUUGACAUAAAGGUCAUGUAAGUGAGAAUUAUUUUGUAGUAGAUGGAUUUCUUCAGAAAAUUCAGCCACGCAUUCCCAUUGUUCUUCCUGUUCUUGUCAGCAUACGCUCAGGAGAUCACAUUUGACGAGGGACAAGGAUGUUUCGACAAAGAUCGCGCCAACACUUUGGUUUUGAUCAGCCAUACGUUUCCUGAUGCCUUUUGUAGUGGUACAAUCAUCAACGCAGCAUUCAUACUAACUGCAGCUCAUUGUGCCAGUAGAAAGCAAUUAUAUGUUUACCCGGGACUUGCUUUCGAAUACAUUGCAAUGAUGAAAGAAGAGGAAGCAAAUGGCAGCAAAGUAGUGGACCAACGUAUUCAUCCAAAAUAUGAUAGAAAAACAUUAGCCUACGACAUAGCAGUGUUCGAAGUAGAACCAAGGAUAUCUCUAGAUUCGGAAUAUACUGGUGUUGUCUUUAAUGCCUGGCUACCAAGUAUUGAUAUGGGUGAAGACAUUCGUGAGUACGCCGAGUGCACCAAGGACUCUUACGUGAUGGGAUGGACAAAUUUUGUUGUGAAUACGACCUCAGCCGUUGCAAUGUGUACCAGAUCAAAGAUCAUGGCGAUGGAUGAUUGUCAGCACAGUUACGGGAUGUACGAUGUGACCGAUCGAAUUUGUGUCAAAAAGAAAUCGGAUCUAUGUCUGAAUGCUGGUGGAGCAGUCAUGUGCAAUGGUCAACAGGUCGGAGUCAUAUCCUAUGUGCACUGUGAGAUAGAAACAAUUCGGAAUAAAAAAAUUACAGCAAAAUUGGCGCUGCUUCCAGUGUUCGGAUGGAUUGUAAAAAUUUCAACAGUGGUUAACGCAAUAAGUUCUGUUGUUACCGUGGUGAGGAAGGGGGUAGAUUAUAUUAUAUCUUCAAAAAGAGGAAAUUUCAAGCUGAUAAAGCAGAUGAUAUAUAUCAAAAGCAUGGACAAUUCGAUGCAAAUGGAUAUUCGUGACUUAACCUUAAAAUAGAGCGCUGACACGGAACAUUAGAGAACUUAGGGCGUCAUACAAUAAUUGUAGAAACGACUGACGAUAUGGCCCUUAGACACACGAAUAAAUGUACUUUUAGCCGUAGAUGAACUUCAGGAAAAGCCUUAUGUAAGUAUACGAAUUGAUACAGCAUACGACUUCAUAAAUGGCGUUAUCGAAAGAAGAUCUGCUGCAGAAUCUUUUCACAGACUAGACAUAUUCCUUUUGAUUAUUUGCUUUUCACUUUUUGUAACUAGAAGAAUGAUUCAAUAAAGUAUUUUUUUGUUCUCGA